AUGGCGCUUAAAGUUUUAUGGGCGCUUGAUGUCGCCAAGACACAGUAUUACCACUUUAAAGCGAUCAUUAUCGCCGGUAUGGGUUUGUUUACUGAUAGUUACGAUUUAUUUUGUAUCCCUCUCGUCAUGAAGAUGAUAGGAAGGAUAUAUUAUCCAAAGAUACAUAGAGACGUGGACCAGAAGAAAUGGUUUGAAGUUCCAACCGGCAUUGCAUCCACAAUGAUUUGUGUCUCCUUAAUGGGGGCCGUGAUAGGUCAACUAGUUUUUGGACGACUUGGAGACCGUGUUGGACGCCGACGUGUGUAUGGUAUUUCUCUCGUGAUGAUGGUUGUGGCAUCUAUUGGAUGCGGUUUAUCGCUCUCUAAAUUGACACCGAUGGUGUUUGUGAGCCUUGGAUUCUUUCGGUUCUUGCUUGGGGUUGGAAUCGGAGGGGAUUACCCGUUAUCGGCCACAAUUAUGGCGGAAUUCGCCAAUAAGCAGACUCGUGGAGCGUUUAUUGCGGGUGUGUUCUCCAUGCAAGGAUUCGGGAUACUUUUGAGUUCUCUAGUUUUCAUGACGGUGUGCUUCAUUUUCCAAGCUAGUGCCGAUGGGCACAAUCUAACGACUCCAUUGGAACUCGCACCGUCGGUAGACAUUGCUCCGGUCCCGCCGGAAUCAGACCUGGCAUGGCGGAUUAUUCUCAUGUUGGGUGCAAUUCCAGCAUCUAUGACGUUUUAUUGGCGGAUGACGAUGCCUGAAACUGCCCGAUUCACUGCUUUGGUAGAGAAAAACACAUCACAAGCAGCAAAAGACAUAGGAAAAGUGAUGAACGUGCCACAAAGCACAAUCCAAGAAGAUGUCGAGAUGAUAAACACCCCCAACACCCACGCUGCUUUUUCCAACACAUACCCUUUCUUCUCUCGCGAGUUUCUCCGACGACACGGCCGCGAUCUCAUUGCGGCAUCCAUAAACUGGUUUCUCAUCGAUAUCGUCUUCUACAGCCUCAACUUGUUCCAAUACCAUGUAUUUAGUGGCCACUUGAUUCCUAAGAGCCAGAUGAAUAUAUACAAAGAUGCAUUGCAGAUCGCAAGACUCCAAGCACUCAUUGCAAUCUGUGCAACCAUCCCUGGAUAUAUUCUGACUGUUUACAUGAUUGAUCACAUCGGGAGAGUCAAGAUUCAAGCAGUCGGGUUCUUCUUCAUGGCAAUAAGCUUGUUUGCAAUCGCGAAAGUUAACAUGAGUGGAGAUCACACAGAUCUCUUCAUUAUUCUCUAUGGAUUUACUUUCUUUUUUUCUAAUUUUGGGCCAAACACUACAACCUUUAUAGUUCCGGCAGAGCUUUUUCCAGCGAGGUUUCGUGCAACUUGUCAUGGGAUUUCAGGUGCGGUUGGGAAAGUAGGGGCCAUAACCGGGUCCAUAGGGUACAUGUGGGCUUCUCGUGAUCCUCCAAACGGGCUUGGAGUCUCGCAUACGUUGAUGGUGAUGGGCGGGGUUUGUGGUUUAGGUUUUUUUGUGACGUAUUUUUUUACUAGAGAGACAAGGGGACGGUCGUUGGAGGAGAAUGAGAAUACUGAUGAGUUUACGGGUGUUUGUUUUGUUAGAUUUUGGCCUCACAAGUUUUGGACUAGAAGAAAUGAAGUAAAAGGUUUUGGGUUACUAGAAAUGAACUAAUAUUUAAGGAAAAUAGAGGUGGUGAAUAGAGAGAUAGAUCAUGGUUAGUAAGUUGGGAAUUUCAUCAAAAUAGACAUGUCUAAUCACUUUUAAAUAAACGUCGAAUACCGCCAAAUCUAGAGACGAAGCCGUCAAAAAUACCGGCUAGCUUAGCUAUAGCCCCAGUUAAUAUAUAUUUUGAUAAUUUGCUUGGUCAACUUUUCUAUUUUAAAAAUGUUCCCUAAUAAGU